GUAGAACUCCAACAGCACUACCUGAAGAAGCAGGUUUUAUUCCUUCUUUGGUUCACUUUGGAUCAUGCGUAAAGUUGCGGAGAUAUUCCACAGAGAGAGCGCGUGAUUUGAUAACAACACUUAAAAACAGCUUUUAUGUUCGCAGCAGCAUGACAGAGUUUUGGAAGGAGCACUCUAAAGCUGCCACGGUGGAAGAGAUGAUGUUGGACUCUCGAGCCAAGGAGCUGACUCAGCAGGAGCUGCCGGAGAUCCUGUCUCUGCUGCCCUGUCUGUCCAAAUGUAAAAUGCUGGAGUUGGGAGCUGGCAUCGGACGUUACACCAAACACCUGGUGACCAGGGCUCAACAUGUGAUCGCUGUGGACUUCAUGGAAAACUUUGUGGAGAAAAACAGGCAGGACAAUGGUCACCAUAGCAACGUUACCUUCCUCCAAGCUGAUGUUACAAAGCUGGAGAUCCCGGAAAAUAGCAUUGACUUUAUCUUCUCCAACUGGCUGCUGAUGUACCUGAGUAAUGAGGAGCUACAGUCCUUCGUAGAGAAAAUGAUCAGCUGGCUCCGGCCCGGAGGAUUUCUGUUCUUCAGAGAAUCCUGCAACCAGCGGUCAGGUGACUGUAAGAGGGACUUCAACCCCACCUGUUACCGCACCCAGGCACAAUACAGCCACAUAAUGACGUCAGUCCAAGUGAAGGACCCAGAGAGCUCACAGAACUUUGGUUUUGAUAUUGUGCUGAAAAAACAAGUUCAGACUUAUAUAGAGAUGAAAAACAAUCCAAAUCAGAUCUGCUGGCUGCUAGAGAAGGUUCUCCGCUCCUCAAACACAAACAGUAAAUUUAACACCUUCCAGCAGUUUCUGGAUAACCAGCAGUACACCAGCCGCGGCAUCCUGCGAUAUGAGAAGAUGUUUGGGGCAGGUUACGUCAGCACAGGUGGUCCUGUCACCACCAAGGAGUUUGUGAGCUUGUUGAACUUGAAGCCCGGUCAGAAGGUCCUGGACGUCGGCUGUGGUAUCGGUGGAGGAGACUUCUACAUGGCAAAGACCUUUGGAGUGGAAGUGUUGGGUAUGGACUUGUCAGAAAACAUGGUGGACAUCGCCAUGGAGAGGGCAGUCAGUGAGAAGCUGCCGUCGGUCCAGUUUGAGGUGUCGGAUGCCACUAAGAGGACAUUUUCAGAUGCUUCUUUUGAUGUGAUCUACAGCAGAGACACCAUCCUGCAUAUAUCUGACAAACUGGCUCUUUUCAAGCGUUUCCACUCAUGGUUAAAACCUGGAGGAAAGCUGUUGAUCAGUGACUACUGCUGUGGAGAGAAACCUUGGACGCCACAGUUUGAGGCCUACGUUAAACAGAGAGGCUAUAUCCUUUAUACACCACCUCAGUAUGGCAAGUUCAUUCAGGAGGCUGGUUUCUCCAACGUUCGGGCAGAAGACAGGACAGCUCAGUUCAUCAAGGUGAUUGAGGACGAGCUUCAGAGAGUAGACGCCAUCAAGGAUGAAUUCAUUGAGGAAUUUUCAGAGGAAGACUAUUUGGCAAUCGUCAAUGGAUGGAGAGAAAAGCUGGGGCGUUCCAGAAGUGGAGACCAACGAUGGGGGCUCUUUCUUGCAACAAAAUAGCGAUUGAUCUAAAGAUGUCAACAAAUAAAAAAAAGGAAAAAAAAGAGAAAACUCACAUUCUUUAUUUUCUUGAUAAUGCUUUUGACUUUGACCAGGUGUU